AUGGCUUACAAUUUAAGUUCCCAAGAAGAUAUGAAGGAUAUCUUCUGGCAUAGCAAUGUAAUUGUAGAACGCAUUACACACAAUCAAGUCAAAACCUUGACAGGAAGUAUCUACAUGUUAGAAGGGCAUAUUGAUGCAGUUAACAUGAAGAAAGAAGGUAUACAGAUGAAAACAAUUGAUUUACAGAAUGACGAUGAUGAUAAAAGUAUCACCCGUAGUGGGCGGCGUGUUAAGCCACCCAUGCAGUUCUGGUGUGGGGAACGGAUACGUCUUGAUCAGGAAUUAAAUGUCACUAUAAACAAAGGAGGUGCCAACUACUUAUCACCUCCAAUGAGCAACACGGCAUCUGGGAAUAGGCAGACUUUGAAGUUUACAAAGAAAAAUGGUGAGAGCCUUUUUAAAGAUCAUAAAGAAGUGCCUUCGAACCAAGCAAAAGGAAAAAUUAAUAUGAAAUCUGAGAAUAUAACCAGGAAAACUGAAUGUAAAUUGAAGGAAAAGUCGCAACAACUUAUUUCAGACACUGAAGAAAAUGACUCUGAAUUAAUCAUUAAAGAUAUUUACAAAAAGAGAGUCACUGUUAUGCUGACCCCUCUGGAAAAGAAAAGAAUGCAAGAAAAGCAGCAUUCCAACAGGAGGCCCAGAAAUGAGCUAAAUGUGACUAAGGAGGGUGGACACAUUACUUGCUAUGAAAGAAACUUGGCUGAUGGAGAGUUAGACACUUUCAACUGCCCAUUAAAUUUGUUGAAACAACAUCAACAAAUUGAGAAAGUUGUGGAAAGUGUUCCUUGCACAGAUGAAGAUGAAUCUAGUGAAGAUAUCCCAUGUAUUAAAAGGAAAACACAGCCUUCUUUCAAAAGAGAAAUAUCCCACAAGGAAUGUAAUGAUACACAAGAAUCAUCAUGUGAGCAAAAAAGUACAGAGAAUUGGAUAGCACCUUCUCGGAGCAGAAAGACAAAAUGUUCUUACUUUGGCCAGGAGGACAUGCUGGAAGAAUUAAGUAACAAGAGUUCUUCUGACUUGAGUACCAGUUCUGAGCUAAGGAAAAGGAAUAGACAAAAGUCACCAAAGGGGUUCAAGAAAGCCAGAAGGAAUGUUCUUACAUCAAAGACUGAAAGUGAAAACAGCAUAAAGGAAAUUCCUGUGAAAGAAAUUAGGAUAAAAAUACCUACCAAGAGAACUAAGGGUCACAUUUCAACUAAUCCAAAAGCCUGUCCUGUGACUGGAAAGCCGGACAAACAGAAAAAGUUAAGAAAUGCUGUGGAGUCUUUUCCAGACACUAAUGAAAACUGGACUGAAGAAGAAUUGCAAAAGUUGUACAGGGCAGUGGCAUCUUUUCCUAAAUACAAAGGUGAUUUCUGGUUGGAUGUGGCAAAGACUGUGAGAACGCGAUCUGCUGAAGAAUGCCAGCAAAAAUACAUGGCAGGGCGUGAAGGGAGAAAACGCUCCUCAAACAAGACCACCGAGCCUAGAAAAAAGGAAGAAAGAGAUAGGGGAAUACAACAGCCAUUGGCAAAAGUGGGAACCCUGAAAAGGAAACUGCAGAUACGGAACUUCCUCGAACAGAUGCCCAAGGAUAACCACGACGACAUCUUUGCUUCAACACCUUUUCAAAAUAAGAACACAAAAUUGCCGCAGUUCUACAUGGCCCCAGAGGAAGAUGGUUUCCAGUUGAAAGACAGACAUCCUAUCACACCUGCUUCAGCUAUUUCCCCUUGGGUGAAGACACCCCAAUGUGACCAUGUCAGCCCUGGCAUGCUGGAAUCUCUAGAUAGGAAAAACCGGGAAAAACAUGUCUUCCACAUGGAAAAAAAAAUCAAAGGCAAGGAACGCACAUGGGUGAAUGUAAAGAAGAAAUCGGAAGUAAUAUGUCUUUUGUCUCCAUCAGGCUGUGACAGGGUUCACUACUUCCAUGCCUCCAAGAAGAAAAGUCUUUACUUUUGA